AUUGAAUAAAUUCAAUUUGUGAUCAUUGCAAAAUUACAUCAUAUUGUGGUUAUUAUAAUAUACAUUUUCUUUUAAUAAACCAAUGAAGAAUGAAAGAAAAACAUACAUGUUUUUGUUGGUCUUUAGGAAAUCGCUCUAAGUUUUGGAUUUUUCUAUUGUGCACAGGAAUUGCAAUAUUCUCAAUGCAGACUGUUUACAAAGAUCAAAUUCUUUCUAGAACUCCAAGUGCAGCUGAACCGUUACCUAUUAGACUGACAAUUCCUGUUGAUUUGGUAUACACAUGGGUCAAUGGCUCAGAUCCCAAACAUCAAGACAUCUUGCGUCGGAUGAUAGACGUAUUGCUAAAAAACCAUUCUUUAACAGCUACAAGAGCAAGGAACUUGGGGACACAUCGUUUUGCUGACAAUGAUGCACUGAGGUAUUCGUUAAGAUCGGUGGAAAAACAUGCUGAUUGGAUACGUCACAUAUUCAUAGUGACCAAUGGGCAGGUCCCUGGAUGGCUUAAUUUACGAAAUUCGAAAGUUACUAUAGUAAAUCAUGAGGACAUAUUUGAUGAUCCCGACGAUCUCCCGACGUUUAGCUCACAUUCUAUUGAGCACAACAUAUAUAAAAUCAAUGGACUUUCUGAGGGAUUUAUAUAUAUGAAUGAUGACUUUUUUUUCGGCCAGAACGUAUCACUUGAAGAUUUCUAUACAGAGGAUGCUGGUACAAAGGUUGUCUUCUCGACAUGGACGGCAUCAACAGUUUGCGGUGGGAAAUGUUCAGCAAAUCUAAUUAGGAAUGGUGUAUGUGACACUACAUGUAAUUACGACCAUUGCGCGUGGGACGGAGGUGACUGUGACGAAAUUCCUGAAAGACUGAGACCGAAAGAUGACGGCACGUCUCAUUGUGAUUAUACAACUUCCAUAUUCUUUACGAAUGCUUUAUAUAAUAGGGUGUUCGGGGCAAGAAUUAGGAAAGUCCCUGCACAUACGCCACUCUUUAUUAAAAAAACUGUGUUUCAAGAUUUCGUGAAAAGGUUUCCAAAUGAAAUAAAAGCUACAACAAAGAAUAAAAUAAGAAGUCCCCUAGAUUUUCAGUUUGAAUUUUCAUAUGUGUAUUUUCAAAUGGAAGGCCAGAGUUCUGCAAGGUUUAAGGCAUUUUAUUCAAGUUCGUUGUAUUCAUUCGUUAUGCUUUUUGCGAACGAAGACAAAGCACGGAAGGACUUGGACAUGCUCCGAAAAACGAAAAAGAAAUUCAUUUGCUUAAAUGACGACAUAGACUACAAAAAGACACGUGAGGCACAGGUUACUGUUCGUUUAUUGCACGAGUUCUACGAGGCAAUGUUUCCAAAACGAUCAUCAUUCGAAAUCGUUGAUUGAAAAGAAGAGAGGAAAAUCAGUUGCUUAUGGAUUUGUUAACAUACAUUAUGGUUCAUGGUUAAACUUAUAGCAUGUCAAUGGCAAAUUUAUUCUAUUAUCGUUGUUGUUGUUGUUGUUGUAAAGAUUUUAAGAACAUGUGUUUUGUCAAAAAAACAAAUGAGCUGCGUCAUGACAGACAAAACCAGCAUAAUGGAUUUUCGGCCAGCAUCCGCGCAGUCUGAUCAGGAUCAUGCUUUUCGCUUACUGACCCUAUAACAAUUAGAGAAACUGAUAACGAACAGCAUGGAUCCUGAUCAGACUGCGCGGAUGCUGGUCGCAAACGCACUAUGUUGGUUUUGUCUUGACAAGGCUCAAAUGAUUUUCAAAAAAAGAGAGAUCAAAGGUUAAACGAAACGAUACCCACAGACAUAUUGUAUCCACGUGGUGUUAAACGAGCGAAAAUGUAAAAGAACUCAGUAAAGCUAUAUUUUAUUUUUUUUUUUUUUUUUUUGGCAAUGUUUUUUUUUCUUUUCCUUUUUUCAGGUCCUGGCGUGUGCUGUUAAUUACAUGUACCAUUUACUUCAGUUUAAAGUAUUUAUUUGUAAAAGGGAUUUCACUGAGGUUUUACAUAAAGGCUCUGGAGAUAUUGUUUUCGAUAUUUCUGUAACAUUUGAUGUAGAUCUUGAGCAAUAACUUUAGCGCGGAAUUUCAUAUCAUUCUCUCAACCCGUCUUCUUAUAAAUAAUUAUUGCAAUGCUUUUCACUCAAACUAACUAAAUAUUGUGUAAAAAAUCGAUAUUCAGAUUAAAGUCUUUUGCUGUUUUGUCCGUGUUAAAGUUAAUCUAAUGAAUUCUGUGUAAUUAUUUUUUUGUGUUAGCCUGUUCGGACCUCAGUGGAGUUUCUUUAAGAAUUACUUGUUAUAUAUUUUUUGGAUUUAAUAGGUAUCUUAUGAUUCGCAAUUACUUCUUUGUACUUUUUGCUUUGCCAGCUGUUGCCAGUCGUAUUGAAAUUGUUUUAAUUGAAUCGGUUGAAGUAAUGUCUAAUCAACAGAACGACAAUGAAAUUCCUAAUAUUCCUAUCAAUGGGUGUAAAUUGCAUGCAACAGACCGCGGUAUAAUUAAAGGUUCAUUACUAAUGUGUGUCCAUCGUAAAAUAUGUUAUGUUAUGUUGUCUUAUAUUAUACAAUUUUGAAGAGUGAGUCAUUGAAUAUGAUGUGAUAUUCACCCGCAUAUUGACUGAGGCGAUAACAGAGGUCAUUAUGACUUUCUGUCGGUGAAUAUCACGUCAUUUUAAAUGGCUCACCAGUCAAUAAUUGUUUUUGUAUAUGAAUAGGCAAAAUCACAAAAAGUGCAACCUUAUAUACAUGAUUGUACAAAUUUGUCUCGUUGAAGCGCGAGAAAAAGACGCACGUGUUAGGCGCUCAACGACUACGCGAACGCUGGCAUACAAAAGCAAUUCAAGUUUGUACGCAUCAUUAAUACACUUGUUACUAUAUAUAGUAACAAAAUUGCCUGUGAUUUCAACUGAUUAUGAGUGUCACGUGACCGAUUAUGAGUUUGCGGCCCGGGGCCGAGAACUAGUUAUCAGCCCGCAGAACAUGUGCACGUGCACAAAUUGAAACAAUGACGUCAUAUUUUACGUCAUCAAACAGUUUACUGUAAAAGUGAAAGUAGGUUGUCAGCACGAAUCGCUUUAUUUUCAUUAUGAGAGCUUAUACGUAUUGAGUACAAACACAUUUUUGUUACUAUUGAAAUUUGAAGAAAUAAUACGACAAAUUCAUUCCGAAAAAAAUGAAAAUAAAACUUGCUUCUAGAUUCUACUGCUUUGAACACACAAACAGUAAACAUCUCUGUGCAGAACAGUAGAAGAGCAGACAAGAAUUUCAACGAAGAACUUUUUGUUGUUGUUUUUUUAAUGCUACUAUUAGAUCUACCAAGUGUAUUAAAGACAUUAAUACACGUCAGAGUAGGGCCGGAAGGUGAUAAUCGGCCCUGAAUGAAUAAUGGCCCUCGGGCUAAAGCCCUCGGGUCCAUUAUUCAUUUUGCGGGCCGAUUAUCUCCGUCCGGCCCUCUCCUGCCGUGUAUUAACCUCU